CAAUUAUAAUAAUCCUAUUAGUAAAAGGACUAACAGCAAUUAAUCACUGUUCGAAUAUUUUUAAGUACAAUUUAAAAGGUGUGGAAUGGUUUGGUGUCAUAACAAUUCCAUAUAAUCAAAACAUGGAACAUGGAGUCAUUAAAUUAAAUGUUUCAUUAACUGUAAAAGCAAUGUUAUCGAAAUAUAUUUGGAAACUUGAAAUGAUGGGAAAUGCAAGAGAUUUAGAAAAUUCUAUAUUCGAUAAAAAAUCCAUACGAUAUAAAUUAACAUUUCCAUUUCGUACAAUAUUACCAAAAAUCACUAAAAUUAUUGUAAAUGAUGAAAUUAUUUGUUCGAAUCCAUUAGACGUUGGAUUAAUAACUGAAAUAUCUUUGGAACAUACGUUAAAGUUUACACCGAUAAAUAUCGAGACUGAUAUAUUCCCGAAUGAAAUCGAUUAUGAUACAUCUAACGAUGAUAUUUCGAUUGGACUGGACCGUGCAAUGGUUACUACAAAGAAAUCGAUCACAAUUAAUUUUAAUCCACUAAAAAAUAAUCCAAAUAUUUUAAAUCGUUACAAUGAUGUCUGUGGAAAACCGAUUAUGUUAAAUCCAUUAGUGGUGAAUGGAAAAUCUGUAAUUCGUGGUAAAUUUCCAUGGUUAGUUGCGAUUUAUAAACGAAUACCUGCAACGAAAGGUCUGACUUUUCAUUGUAGUGGAUCUUUGGUAACGUCGCAACAUGUGAUUACAGCAAAUCAUUGCAUCAAAGAAAAUCGACAAGAUAUCCCAAUCCGAUCACAUGAAUUAUUAGUAUUUCUUGGUAAAUAUAAUUUGAGCAAUUGGCGUGAACAAGGAUCAAUAAUCGCUGAAAUUAAAUACAUUCACAUGCAUCCGGAUUAUAGAAAAACAGAAUUUGGCUUCGACUCAGAUAUUGCAAUAUUGACAUUAGCAUUUCCAAUUUCAUUUACACCGUAUAUUAAACCAAUUUGUAUGAAUUUCGAUUUUAUAGUACGAGAAAAUUUUGGAACUGUAGUCGGUUGGGGAGUUGAUCGAAAUAUGAUUGCAGAAGAACCGAAAGAAGUUUCGAUGCGAAUCGUUUCACAGGAAGAGUGUUUAAGGUCAAAUGCGGUAUUUGUAUUUUUAACGUCUAACACUACAUUUUGUGCAGGUAAUCUUGACAGUGCAGGCCCAUGUAAUGGUGAUUCCGGUGCUGGAAUAUAUGUAAAAGAUCAAUUUAAUCAAUAUUUUCUACGUGGAAUUGUUUCCCUUUCGUUACAGGAUAAAGGAUCACAAAAAUGUGAUCUAGAAGAAUAUACGAUUUUUACAAACAUAAUAUAUUUUAAAAAAUGGAUAUUGAAUAUACUUUCAACAAAUUAG